CGAGUAAUGUCCUUCACAUCCGUUCCAGUCUUGGACCUCGCGAAAGCCAACAGCCCAGAAACCAAGCCCCAACUGUUAGACGAGCUGCGCCAUGCCUUGAUGGAAGUUGGGUUUUUAUACAUCAAGAACACUGCAAUCUCAAAUGAGCUUCUGGAACAAGUCAAAGCAGCCGGAAAGGCAAUCUUCGAUAUUCCAGAACAAGAANAAGUUAGAUUGAAGAUAGAGAUGAAGAAUGCUCCUUCCUUUCUAGGAUAUUCUCGUCUGGCAGCAGAGAUCACUGCUGGGAAAAUAGACCAACGUGAGCAGUUUGACUUCUCGACAGAGCACCAACUCCCGAAGGCAGGAGCACCACGCUACGAAAACCUUCGAGCCCCGAACCAAUGGCCAUCUGAAGAGUCUCUACCAGGAUUUCGGUCAAUAUUUACAGAAUACAUGAACAAGAUGGGUGAAAUGUCUAUUGCGUUUACUUCAUUGAUCGCCGAGGCAAUUAAUCUACCACAAGACGCUUUCACCAAGUACUUUGACAAAGACCAGCAACACAAAUUGAAAAUUGUCAAAUACCCGGACGUCUCAACUCUUGGGCAAGAAGGAGGGACAGACGUGCAAGGUGUAGGUCCGCAUAAGGACUCGAUGCUCACAAGCUAUCUGCUGCAAGUCACGGAUCACCGCGGUCUGCAGGUGCAGAACGUACUGGGCCAAUGGAUUGACUGUCCACCCAUUCCUGGCACACUCGUAGUAGCCAUCGGGCAGGGUCUUGAGGCUUUGACGCAGGGUGUUUGUGUGUCAACAACUCAUCGCGUCCUAUCGCCUUCUGCUGGCUCAGGCGCCAGACUUUCCAUACCCUUCUUCCAAGGAGUGAGAUAUGAUGCGGAAUUCGACGAACUGGACGCAAUUGGUGUUGGCAGUGUUCCUGAAGCUAUCAAAGAACGACGUCGACGCGUGGUUGAAAGGAAUGGGGGCAGGAUUGAUGAUGUCGAAUUCACGUUCAAGAAGGGCAAUGCAGCAAAGACACUUGGUGAGGCUACACUACGUAAUCGGGUCAAGAGUCACCAGGAUGUCGGCGAACGUUGGUAUCCUGAUAUCCUUCAGGCCCUGCGUGAUGAGUGGAAUUUGAGAAAGUAG